AUGGAGCACUUCCUGGGAAAGGAGAACAAAACCCCAGGAACGAGCAAGGAGAAAGCCGACGAGAACCAUGAAGAUGAGAGUGAAGUUGAUCGAGCUGCCUAUAGCGGAGUCGAUCGAACUGGUGAUGACGCUUCGUCGUCUCAGGAACCUGUAGCUGACCUACCUACUCCUCCAUCUGCAGAGACUGCUCCAGCCAGAGCUUACACACCUAAAGUGCCUUACCCUGUUCUGCGGAAAAAGUCCAAAAAAGACUUGGAGGAUGCAAAGUGUAAGGAGAUGUUGAAGGACUUGACUGUGAAGCUGCCUCUGUCUGAUGCUUUUCAGAUGAUUCAUGCUGUGAAGAAGUACAUGAAGGAGCUAAUAUCUGGGAAAGUAGCUGAAGAUGAGAAUGUCAUGUUAGUGUCAGAGGAGUGCAGCGCUGUGCUGCAAAACAAGGUGAUCAAGAAGAGGAGCGAUCCAGGAAGAUUUGUUUUGUCAGUGCAUAUAGGCCGCAUGACAUUCGCAUGCUCUCUUUGCGAUCUUGGCUUGAGCGUGAACCUGAUGCCAUAUUCUGUGGCCAAGCGACUGGGAUACACCAAGUUCAAACCCACGAAAGUCUCCUUGGUUUUGGCAAGCUCAGAACCACAGGCUUGGAAGGUACAAUGUACUCAGAAGUUACAGCACUUUAUUUGGCAAGCUUUGACGGGUUGUAUUGCGGUAGGGGCGAGACUCCACAGCCGCGGCAUGCAGAUAGACCCACAAUGUAUGCGGUGUGGGAUGGCGGCUGAAACAGUGAACCAUACAUUGUUUGAAUGCCCACCGGCACUGCAAGUUUGGGCUUUAUGUCCAAUUCCAACGGCUCCAAAGCGUUUCCCUACAGAGAGUUUGUUUGCAAACCUGGCAUACCUUUUUUGGAAUUUGUCAGACGACGAUAGAAUGCGGAUGUAUCCUUGGUUAAUUUGGUAUAUCUGGAAAUCACGAAAUGAUAAGGUUAUGGCGAAUGUGGAUUGGGAUCCUAAUGAAAUAAUAAUCAAAGCAACAGCGGAAUCUUCGGCAUGGGUAACCGCCCAGGAGAAGAAUGGAAUAUUAAGUCCACCACUGACAAGUUCAGGGGAAUCCCUCAGCACGAGUGAUAUAUGUCAAGUAGAUGGGGCUUGGAAGGAGUCAGAUAGUCGAGCUGGACUAGGCUUGUUUUAUUUGAACAGGAAUACUCAGGAAAAACUAAUGGGAACCCGUAAUCUGAGAAGGGGAAUAUCGCCCCUCCAAACGGAGUUGGAGGCGCUUAUUUGGGCUAUGCACUGUAUGCUGAGGCAUAAUAAGUUGCUAACGCGAUUUGAGACGGAUUGCUCUGAUGUGGUGAAGAUGGUGUCUACGCCAGAGGAGUGGCCAGCGUUCGCAAUACUCCUUGACGAGGUUGACCGAUGCAAACGGAGGUUUACCUCCUUCUCCAUUGCGCACAUACCGAGGACGAAAAACACGAAGGCAGACAAGUUAGCACGAAGUGCUCGAGCUCUACCUACUGAUGUGUACUAUGUAAACUCUGUUUCGCCAACUUGGAUUCCCGAGCUGGUUUAG